AUGAACUUUUACCACGAGAUUGUCCAACCAGAAACAGUUCCUAUCGAAGGCCCAGAGAUAUUAGGAUAUAAAGCUGCUCGCCUUGCCGGCCCUACAAUUAUCCAGGAAUACCAUGUAUUGAUUCAAGAAGAUCUGGAGUACCCAUAUUUGACUACUGGGCUUGGGAUUAUGCUCCUACGGGUGCCCAAUGAC